AUGUUUUCGACAAAACCCACCAACUCGCUCCGGAAGCUCUUUGCCGGCUACCAUGAGCCCACCGGCCUGUCCGCGCAGCAGUCGCAAAAGCUGCUCGAAGGCCUCAAGUCGUCCUUUCGUCUGCAGCUCGACCAGGAGUACGGCCAGACCGCACUCAGCCACCCCCCGACAACCACACCCAAAACACCCAGAAACCCCUCCUCCUCGUCCCAUGGCGUCGUGCGUCAGUCGGCCGCCAGCCGCCAUCUGCGGUCCAUCCUCGCCAACCCACUAUUCUCCUACAACAAGCACAGUGCCACCGUCGCCUCUACCUUGCCCUUGCCGCUCUCGAUGCCCAAGCGCGAUCCCAUGGACGACUUUGACCACGCCGUCGCCAAGGGCCUCAUGACGCUCAACGCCGCCGCCGGCUGCAUCAUGACCAAGCAAAGGCAGAUUGACGCCCGCGAGCUCGACACGGGCCCGGCCUCAUCAUCGGCCACGGCCCUGCGCGUCGUGCGCUGGCUGCGCGCGACGGGCGCCGAGAACGACUUUGCCUUUCUGGACCACAAGGCCUUUGUCAAGGCGCUCGCGCCGUUUCUUGUCGCGGAGAAGAUGGAAGACAUUGCCUGGCAGUGGAUCCGCCAGACGAUGCAGCGAGGCGACAGCGUCAACGAAAAGGUGCGUUUGCGCCGAGCGUCGUUUUUACUCGCGCAGCUCGUGUAUAUCAAGAGCCAGCCGCAGAACGGCAACCUCGACGGGGCCAUAUCCACCAUUCUCCGCGCCGAGCAGCUGCUCGCCAAAGACCCGCUGCUUGCCAAUCUCCUUGUCCUGCCGUGGCGCUCCGUGUCGUGGCUGUCCACGGUGGAAUCCUACAGCCACCUCACGCCGUCGGAGAGCCUCUUUGACGCCCACCUCAGCACCGCCAGCCGCCUGCAGCAAUCGCUCCCCGUCGAGACGGCCCACCUCCACCUCUACCACCCGACACAUCCGGACCCCGCCCCCGCGAUGCAGUUCUUCCGCGACAAAGAGCAGCUGCGCCGGCUCGUCCAUGGCAUCACCAGGGAGCAGUUUACCCUGGCGAAGCAGACGAGCCUCAAUGUCGUGCCCUGGGUCGCGUAUCUCGGCUAUGAUACUGUCAACCAUCUAACUACCUCGGGACUUGGCCAAGAGGCGCAGAGCCUCAGGCAAAUAUUGCACGAUGAGCUGGCUGGUCUCUUUACGCCACAGGCCCAGCCCAGCUGA